GAGCAUCUCUAUCUUUGAGGGGAAUCCCAUCUUUUGAGAUGGAGGGGUCCUCAUCGCAAGUGCAAUAUGCAUCCCUGUGUGCCCUUGCCGUUGUUGCAGCAGGUUGGCUCCUACACUGCGUGUACAAGUGGAUGAAUCCCCCAUGCAACAGUGGGAGGCUCCCUCCGGGAUCCAUGGGCUUCCCUCUCGUCGGUGAGACCUUCCAGUUCUUCAAGCCAAGCCCUUCUCUCGAUGUCCCGUCCUUCUACAAGCAAAGGCUGAAAAGGUACGGGCCGGUGUUCAAGACGAGCUUGGUAGGGCAGCCGGUGGUGGUGUCCAUGGACGCCGAGGUGAACCGGUUCAUCUUCCAGCAGGAAGGAAAGCUGUUCCGGAGCUGGUACCCGGACACGACCAACAACAUCUUCGGCAGGGAGAGCAUCGCCUCCUACGACGGCACCAUCCACAAGUACACCCGCAGCUUCGCGUCCAGGCUCUUCGGCCUCGAAAGCCUCAGGGACGUGCUCCUCGCCGAGAUGGACCGCAACGUGACCCAGAGCUUCGCGGCGUGGGCCGCGGAGCCUUGCAUCGAGGUCAAGGACGCGGUCGCCAAUAUGAUAUUUGACUUGACAGCCAAGAAGCUGAUUGGUUUCGGACCUGAGAAGUCAAGGAAACUCAGAAAGAACUUCGACGCCUUCUUCCAGGGAUUGGUCUCCUUCCCUCUGUAUUUCCCUGGGACCACAUUCUACGGAUGCAUACAGGGAAGGAAGAACAUGCAGAAGGUACUCAAGGACCUACUGAAAGAAAGGCUCCGUACACCUGAAAAGCGUCAUGGUGAUUUCCUCGAUGAGGUGGUCAACGAGCUGCAGAGUGGAGCCGGAAUGAUAGAGGAGAAGUUUGCUGUAGACUUGGUGGCCGCCCUUUUGUUUGCCAGCUUUGCGACGGUGUCCUCGUCGCUCACGGUUGCCAUGAAGUUCCUAAGCGGCCACCCAAAUGUAGUCGAAGCACUCAAGGAGGAGCAUGAAGCAAUCCUGAAGAAAAGAGAGGGUGCGAGUUCUGGGAUCACCUGGGAGGAGUACAAGUCCAUGACAUUCACUGCUCAGGUCACAAAUGAGAUAGCUCGCGUCAGUAACGUUGCCCCUGGAAUAUUCAGGAAAACACUAACAGACGUACAAGUGAAAGGACACACGAUUCCCGCCGGUUGGCUGGUCAUGAUCAGCCCCAUGGCUGUCCAUCUGAACCCGGAAUUGUUCGAAGAUCCCCUGACCUUUAAUCCCUGGAGGUGGCAGGAUGAGUCGAAAAGGACUACUCUGCUGAAGAACUUCAUGCCAUUUGGAGGGGGCAUAAGGCUCUGCGUGGGAGCAGAAUUCAGCAGGAUUCAGAUUGCACUCUUCCUCCACACCUUGGUGACCAAGUACAGUUGGAAGGAGAUCAAAGGAGGCGACGUGCAGCGCAUAUCGGAGAUCGUAUUCCCAAAGGGCUAUCACAUCCAGAUUAUCCCUAAGGCAGGGAUCAAAACGCAAGCAACUUGAUGGAGAAGCUUUACUCCUGUUGAAAUAAUAAAUUGGGGAUCGGUAGAGACAGUUUCUCUAUCGUGGUUAUCUACUCCAGACCUUCAUGAUCUUGUUAUGUAGGGGACGUGUAUCACUCAUGUGUGCAUGCUUGGUGGUGUGAGUUCAUGUUUGUGUGCUUGUACUGUAAAUCUGUAAUAUCUACAAAAGACAUUAAGAUAAUAAUAUAUGGAGUAUAUGAUUGUUAUAGAAA